AUGGCUCUCUUUCUCUGGAUCCUGACCAGCUUUGUGCGCUGGGUGCGCCUAAAGAUCUACCAAUAUGAGGUAACCUUUGCCAUCUACAUGCUCACCCCAACCGAGAAAUUCAUCUUCAACUCCCUCCUCCUCACCCUGAUCACCAUGAUCGCCACUGGUAUCUACAUUUACCUCCCGGACCACCUCCGCUCUAUCUACGGCCACCUCUACUACUACUGGGUUGGAGAGCGACCGUUCAUCUCCAACCGCUUGACCUCCUCAAUGGGCUCUGUCUUUGGUGACGCCGCCACACAGAGUCUUGAGGUUAUAUAUGAGACGGCCAAGACUGCUGCAGCGGCUGCCACGACGACACAGCAUCUUGCUGAAUUGUAA